CAAAACUCGAAAUUCACAAGUUUCCCUCCACCACCCGUCCCGAAAUCUCAGAUUCCCUCGUCCUCGAUAUUCAAAAGUUCCAAUCUUCAAUUCAAAGGGCGCUUCAGGAAUCCCAGGGAGUCGAGGAUCAUCAACAUCCCGUUCGGUUCGAACAAUUGGAGUGGAAUUCUUGGAUUCGUAGGGUUUGAGGGCGAGGGGAUUGCCCGAUGGCCGAGAUUGUGCUGCGUGACGUCAGCAACGCUGGGCUCGUGGUCAGCGACCGCAUUGGACGUGACUCUGGAGCUCAAACCGACCUCGAGGAGGGCCUAGAAGCUUCAAGAUACGCAAGUCAUCCGUACACAACGCAUCCCAGAGAGUGGCCUCCCUCUGUGGAAAUUGUUGAUUCAUUGGAAUUGCCACAUCUACUCAUUGAAAGAUACAAUGCAUCUGGCGGGGAAGGAACUGCAUUAUGUGGGAUUUUUCCAGAGAUACGUAGAGCAUGGGCAUCAGUGGACGAGUCUCUGUUUCUUUGGCGGUUUGAUAAGUGGGAUGGUCAAUGUUCUGAAUAUAAUGUUGAUGAACAAGCUAUUUGUGCCGUUGGCUUAGCAAAGGCCAAGCCAGGCAUUUUUGUUGAAGCUAUCCAAUAUCUUCUAGUUUUAGCCACUCCUAUUGAGUUAAAUCUUGUAGGGGUAUGUUGCUCUGGAAACAAUGGUGGAAUUGAUCCAUAUGCAGAGGUGACGCUUCAGUCACUUCCUGAAUAUACCGUACCAUCCGAUGGAGUGACUAUGAGUUGCAUCACUUGCACUGACAGUGGUCAAAUUUUUCUUGCUGGUCGUGAUGGCCAUAUUUAUGCACUGCAAUACACAACAGGGUCAGUGUGGCAGAAGCGUUGUCGCAAAGUUUGCUUAACUGCUGGUCUUGGAAGUGCUAUUUCUAGGUGGGUUGUACCAAAUAUAUUCAAAUUUGGAGCAGUUGAUCCCAUUGUUGAAAUGGCUGUUGAUGAUGAGAGGCACAUCUUAUAUGCACGUACUGAAGAGAUGAAAAUUCAAGUAUUUUCAGUCUGUCCAAAUGGGAAUAGCCCCCUUAAGAAGGUAGCAGAAGAAAGAAAUCUGAUAAAUCAGAGGGAUGCCUAUGUUGGAAGGCAGCCAGCUGCACCAAGAGCACCUCGAAGUUCUAAAACAUCUAUUGUUGCCAUCUCUCCUUUGUCCAUCCUAGAGUCAAGGCUGCUACAUGUCGUUGCUGUCCUGUCAGAUGGCAGAAGAAUGUACCUUUCUACAUCUGGUGGCAACAGUGGUUCUACUGCUGGAGGUCUUAAAAAUCAGAAACCAAAUUGUUUGAAAGUUGUAGCUACUAGGCCAGCACCUCCUUUAGGGGCUGGUGGAGGACUUGGGAUUGGGGCAAUAUCUCUUGCCAGUAGAUCCCAGACUGAGGAUCUAUCACUGAAGAUAGAGUCUGCAUAUUACUCCACAGGGACUCUCGUUCUUUCUGAUUCGUCUCCAUCUACUGUGUCUUCUCUUCUUAUUAUGAACAGAGAUUCUAGUGCUCAAUCAGCUUCAACUAGCUUUGGAUCUGGUGCAAGGAGUUCUCGUGCACUCCGUGAAUCAGUAUCAUCUCUACCAAUUGAAGGAAGAAUGCUGUUUGUGGCAGAUGUACCUCCUCUGCCAAACACAGCAGUCAACGUGGUAUCUCUUUAUUUACAGCCAGAGUUGUCUGGUGAAUCGUGUGAAAAGAAUUUUCAAAAAAUUUGGGCUAGAGGCGAUCUUUCAACCCAGCAUAUAUUACCAAGAAGAAGAGUUAUAGUGUUCAGUACCAUGGGCUUGAUGGAAAUUGUAAUUAACAGGCCAGUUGACUUACUUAGGAAGAUGUUAGAGUCCAAUUCUCCUAGAUCACUCUUAGAGGAUUUUUUCAAUCGUUAUGGAGCUGGAGAGGCUGCAAGUAUGUCUUUAAUGCUUGCUGCAAAGAUAAUCGACAGUGAUGCCCUCAUAAGUAAUACUGUUGCUGAAAGGGCAGCUGAAGCUUUUGAAGAUCCUAGGCUGGUUGGACUACCACAGGUAGAAGGUACUGGUGCAUUCUCAAAUGCCCGAACUCCAUCUGGGGGAUUUAGCAUGGGUCAGGUUGUUCAAGAAGCCGAGCCUGUUUUUUCUGGGGCUUAUGAAGGGCUCUGCUUGACAUCAUCAAGGUUACUUUUACCAUUGUGGGAGCUUCCUGUUUUUGUGGUGAAAGGUGACAAGUCAAAUUCUGCAGUGACACCUAUAAAUGGGUUCAUUGUAUGCCGACUUUCUCCUGGCCCAAUGCAGGUUCUUGAGGACAAGAUUCGUUCUCUAGAGAAUUUCCUUAGGUCUAGGAGAAACCAGAGGAGGGGGCUCUAUGGUUCUGUCGCUGGUCUAGGUGAUUUGACUGGCUCAAUUUUGAUUGGUAGCAGUGAAGAUCUUGGCACUGGUGAUAGAGGCAUGGUGCGGAAUCUGUUUGGAUUUUAUUCUCGCAAUUUUGAGUCCAGUGAUGCUGGAUUUUCAAAUAAAAGGCAGCGGCUCCCUUAUAGCCCUGCAGAACUUGCUGCUAUGGAGGUAAGAGCAAUGGAAUGCAUAAGACAGUUGCUCCUUAGAUGCAGUGAAGCACUAUUUCUACUCCAACUUCUUUCACAACAUCACUUGACACGCUUGGUUUCCAGUUUUGAUGAUAACAUGAAACAAGCACUAGUUCAUUUGACAUUCCAUCAGCUAGUCUGCUCUGAAGAGGGCGACAAACAGGCUACAAGGCUGAUAUCUGCUCUUAUGGAGCAUUAUACUGGUCCUGAUGGCCGGGGAACAGUUGAUGAAAUCAGUGCUAGGUUGCGUGGUGGUUGUCCAAGCUUUUAUAAAGAGUCCGAUUACAAGUUCUUCUUAGCUGUUGAAUGCCUAGAGAGAGCUGCCGCUUCUUCCGAUGCUCCGGAGAGAGAAAACCUAGCCAGAGAGGCUUUUAAUUACCUAAGCAAAGUUCCUGAGUCUGCAGAUUUACGAACAGUAUGCAAACGUUUUGAAGAUUUGAGAUACUAUGAAGCUGUAGUUCAGUUACCUCUACAAAAGGCACAGGCUGUUGACCCUGCUGGCGAUGCAUAUAAUGAACAAAUUGACCCUAUGAUUCGAGGACAUGCACUUAGUCAACGUGAGCAAUGUUAUGAAAUUGUUUCUAAUGCUUUGCGUGCUUUGAAAGAAGAAGGGUUCCAAAGAGAAUUCGGGUCUCCUAUCAGACCGGUUGCCCAAUCUGUUCUUGAUCAGGCCUCAAGGAAAAAAUAUAUAUGCCAGAUCGUUCAGAUUGGUGUUCAAUCUCAUGAUAGACUUUUUCACGAGUAUUUGUACCGUAGACUAAUUGACUUGGGACUGGAUGAUGAAUUAUUGGAAUAUGGAGGCCCUGAUUUGGUGCCUUUUCUGCAAAGUGCUGGUCGUGAAUCAUUGCAAGAGGUUCGGACUGUUUCUGGAGUGAUGUCACCAACAUCUCCACAGGGUCAUUCAAGAGUACCUAUGCCAUCUAAUCAAACAAAAUAUGUUGAACUUCUGGCUCGUUAUUAUGUCUUGAAGAAGCAACAUAUACUUGCAGCCCAUGUUUUGGUUAGACUAGCAGAGCGGCGUGCUGCAGAUGCAGGGGAUGUGCCUUCACUUGAACAAAGGCGUCAGUACUUGAGUAAUGCAGUCCUACAAGCAAAGAGCGCCAGUGAAACUAAUGGUGUGAGUGAUGCGGGUCGGAAUGCUCUUGAUAAUGGGUUGUUGGAUUUACUUCAGGGAAAGCUAACAGUGCUGCAAUUUCAAAUAAAAAUUAAAGACCAACUGGAUGCCAUGGCUUCUAGGUUGGAGGCUUCUUCUAGUACAUCUGAAUCGGCUGUAAAUGGCACUGUACCUAGUGGUGGUCAACCUGUUGACAACAAAUUUUUACAGUCUUUAAAAGAAAAGACUAGGGAGUUAUCAUUGGAUUUGAAGAGCAUCACUCAACUUUAUAACGAGUAUGCUAUGCCCUUUGAGUUGUGGGAGAUAUGCCUGGAAAUGUUAUACUUUGCAAGCUAUUCUGGUGAAGCAGAUAGUAGCAUUGCACGAGAGACUUGGGCUAGGCUUAUUGAUCAAGCACUCUCAAGUGGUGGCAUUGCUGAAGCUUGUGCUGUUUUAAAGAGGGUUGGUUCUAACAUAUAUCCGGGAGAUGGCGCUGUUUUUCCUUUGGAUACUCUUUGCUUGCAUUUAGAAAAGGCUGCACUGGAUCGAGUUGCUAGAGGUGUUGAAACUGUUGGAGAUGAAGAUGUUCCAAGAGCGCUUCUAGCUGCCUGCAAAGGUGCCACUGAGCCUGUAUUCAAUACAUAUGAUCAAUUGUUAUGCAGUGGUGUGGUAUUGCCAACUCCAAACUUGAGGUUGCGUCUCCUCCGGUCAGUAUUGGUGGUGCUCCGUGAAUGGGCGAUUUCUGUCUUCGCCAAGAGAAUGGAUACAAGUGUAGCUGGGGCCUCUCUAAUUCUUGGUGGCACUUUGUCACUCGGGCAGACGGCUAAUUUUAGUAAAGGCGUUCGUGACAAAAUAACAAGUGCAGCAAAUAGGUAUAUGACCGAGGUACGGAGGCUGUCUCUCCCACAAGUUCAAACAGAAGCUAUCUACCGCGGCUUUAGAGAGCUUGAAGAGUCACUCUUGCAUCCAUCAGCUCCCUUUGAGCGCUUCUGUUAGUUCGCUCUCAGGUUCAUUUGUAUCACUACUCCAAGAUUCUCUCUUUUUCUUCAACAUCUGAAUUUGCCCAUACAAAGAGUGUCUGUUCUUUCAUCAAGAUUUGAAUCCUAGCUCAUAUUUUAACAUGUUUUCCCAUAUUAUUUGAAGUCAAACUCACAUUUUAACAUGUUUUAAAGCACAUCUAUGACUCACCUAACCCAAUCAGCAUUCAUAAAAAGGAUGAAUCCCAUCCUUAGGCUCCUGUGUAGAGACGGUGUUCAUCUUCUUUCCUGCCCCAAAAACAGAGUCGUGUUUAUAUACAUCAUGUAUUAUAAUUGUUGUCAUUGAUAUUAAUCAUAUUAUUACUAUUGCGUAAAUCGAGUGUCUUUAGUAGAUGCAUGUUUUUGGAAGAGCCGUGCUAUAAUGGCAUCAAGGAUGACACCAUAGAGACAGACAAUAAGUGUCUAAGCGUCAGUGCGAAAUUGUAUAUGGUGUCACAUAUAUGUUAUACUUGGCAAAACUUACCUCACCUUUUGGCUGACCUGCUCAAAAAUUCUUACUUUUCUAUUUUGGUGUAAAAUUAUCUCACUUUUUUGAGAUAUUGCAUAUCAAAGGCUGACGUAAAUAGAAAAAAAUUUAACAAAAUGCCGAUGCAGCAAUACUUUUUUUUAUUUAUAUUGGUCAAAAUAAUUCCACCUUUUAAUGUUUUUCAAACCAAUGCUAGUUUUGAUAUUGAGUUACUUGAAGAUUGACAUGACAUGAUUAUAAGUAAAUGUAUGUGCAGAUUUAUUAUACUCCAUCCCUUCUAUAAUUAAAGUUUUGUUGCAGAUAAUGAAGCUUUAUUAAAUUU